CAUACAUUCCCAGAAACACCUUAUAACAGUAACAUAAACUGUUCCAAUAAAACCUCUGCAACACUUAAAAUGUCAGCUUCUAACAUUUGCUCAGUUCUAAUUAGCAAGCACACAGUUUACUGCAAUACACUAACUGUAUAAAAGCACUAUCUUUUAGAAGCACAAAGAAUUGUCAGUGGUGUUACAUUGGUAGAUUUUUACAGGGUGAAUCAGUACAAAUGGUAUAUUUAAUGUAUCAAUUUGCAGAACAAAGUUACAGGUAAACCAGUCUAGUAUUCUUAUUUAACCUUAUGAAGCAGCCUAAGCUUACAGUGUGCCUCUGUGUGUUUCUUUAUUCAGGUGCAAUCUAGGACACUCAUUACUCAUAUACCUCACAGUGGCUUAGUGUUUAGCUCUGUUGCCUCGCACCCCUGGGACUGGGGGAUUGAAUCCUGCUUCUGCCCCGUGCGCGUGGAGCUUGCAUGUUCUCCCCGUGCUUCGGGGGUUUCCUCCAGGCACUCCAGCUUCCACCCCAGCAUCCUGAUUGCCAUUUCCAAAUUGUCUGUAGUGUGUGAAUGGGUCUGCGAUUGUGCCCUGUGAUGUCCCCUGCCUUGUGAUCUGAGUCCCCUGGGAUAGGCAAAGAGAAUGGAUGGGUGGAUUAAGCAUGGGCUAAUGCUGCAUUCAACUUAACUCAGAAGUGGGAAGUCAAAGCUCAGAAUUACAUCAUUUUUGACCUCCAUGUGAGCUACAAACUGGGGGAAAAAUAAGUUUGUCUUUUGUUAGCAACAAGCUAGCCAGCUAACUAUGAUGAGUGAUGUAUAUUUUCCUCCACAGAACAAUGAACUGUAUAGUCAGUGUUAUAGAUCUAACAAGUGAAUAUGUCUAUAUGUUGAUUGAUCUAAAGUUAUACGUAUAUAUACAGUAUAACUCAUUUAAAGGUAAGAAGUGCUGCUGUGUUUACUGCUGAUGCUGUAAACAGUUUUUGGAACACUUGGUGAAGUCCAAAAAUUGAACUCAUUCUCAUGUUCUCAUAUACAGUAUGUCUGCUUACUGUGGUGCCUCAGGCUCUACAAACUGGAGAAAUGAUGUGGACUGCAAAAAUCCAACAAUCCUACAGUGUGUUUGGGAACAUGGAUUUGAGAGAGAACGAGUUUGACAUCCCGGCGAAGAACUGCUACAGGAUGGUUAUUCUGGGCUCGACUAAAGUUGGCAAGUCGGCAAUAGUGUCCCGGUUCCUCACCGGAAGGUUUGAUGACCAGUACACACCGACCAUAGAGGACUUCCACAGAAAACUUUACAGCAUCAGAGGAGAUGUUUACCAACUGGAUAUUUUAGACACAUCGGGAAAUCAUCCAUUUCCUGCUAUGAGGAGACUGUCUAUACUGACAGGUGACGUCUUCGUCCUGGUUUUCAGCCUGGACAACAGAGAAUCGUUUAACGAAGUGCAGCGCCUGAAGCGCCAGAUCUACGAGACCAAGUCGUGCCUGAAAAACAAGACUAAGGAGAACAUGGCCGUGCCGCUGGUGAUCUGCGGGAAUAAAGGAGACCGCGAGUUCCAGCGUGAAGUGGCGCGUGAGGAGAUCGACCAGCUUGUGGCCGGGGAUGAGCAGUGCGCCUACUUCGAGAUCUCUGCCAAGCGCAACACCAACGUGGACCUGAUGUUCCGCCGGCUCUUCGCCAUGGCCAAGCUGCCCAACGAGAUGAGCCCUGACCUGCACCGCAAGGUCUCAGCGCAGUACUGCGACAUGCUACACCGCAAGUCCUUUAAGGGCAAGAAGCCGAAAGACUGCGACGCGUACGGUGUGGUUGCGCCUUUCGCGCGCCGCCCCAGCGUUCACAGCGACCUCAUGUACGUCAAGGAAAAGGCGGUCGGUGGCGCCCACGGCAAGGACAGGUGUGUCAUCAGCUAAGAGCGUCACUCCGAAACUAUGAAAAUACUCGGGAUGAAACACAGUUAUUGAACUGCACGCCGGACGGAAGUGCGCGCGCGAAUGGAAAGGCGGAGUGCAGAAGCGCACGGCCUAAACCGUUAGCUGAACGCCCUGUGGUCGCGCGCUUCAUUAAACCCGCGAGAAUCCCGUUAGCGGAGUGCUGAGUGUGUUGGGUUACUCAGGGCGCUGGCUAGUCUCGAUCAGCUUCACGUGAGAAAAUAGUGCUUGUUCCAUCUGCAUUUUUAAACAUGUGGUGACAGGCGCACGCGCGCAGAGCUGCAGCGUUGAAUUACCUGCUCGUGUUUACAUUUUUUAUGUUUUAUAAAAUAAUUGAAAGUGAACUUUGCUUUUUGAACAAAUUGUUGUGAAUGUUUAUUUAUUCUUUCUAUGACUGUAAAUGGUUUAAAACAAGAAAUAAAAAACUGUCAAAUGAAUAUA